UAUUAAAUUGUGUUUCCUGUGUAUUUUCAUGUUGGCCAAUUUUCUUUGAUUUCAUUUUGUUUUGUCAUAAGAUGAAUACAUAGUUCCUUUUUAAGGUGUGCAUGUAUCAAUAUCAUUGUAUUUACUUUGUUUUGCAGCUGUUUUUUCAGCAAUGAUAUGCGGGACUUUUACAAACCAAGAUCUGCCUGUGAUCAAGUGUGUUUUAAUCAAUCAUAAGAACAAUGAUUCAUCAGUGGGGCUAUCAUCAUCAUAUCCCAUGGUAUCGAGAUCAAUGGAAGACCUUGGGUGCUCGCUGAGGCCCGAGAGCACAGAGCUCAUCUAUGAAGCAGACAAGGUAGAAGUUGAUGUCUCUGCAUCCAUUACCCUACAGGUGAUGGUCAGCAUCCCUGGGAACAUUUCGUGUCUCUGGAUCUUUAAACACAGUUCCCUGAACUGCCAACCAUACUUUGAUUUACAGAACAGAGGAGUUGUUUCCAUGGUCAUUUUGAAAAUGACAGAAACCCAGGCUGGAGAAUACCUGCUUUUUAUUCAGAGUGAAGCGACCAAUUACACAAUAUUGUUUACAGUGAGUAUAAGAAAUACACCACUUUACACAUUAAGAAGACCUUACUUCAGAAAAAUGGAAAAUCAAGAUGCACUGCUCUGCAUAUCUGAGAGCAUUCCAGAACCGGUGGUGGAAUGGGUGUUUUGCGAUUCACAGAGUGAAAGCUGUAAAGAAGAAGGUCCGGCUGUUGUUAAAAAGGAGGAAAAGGUUCUUCAUGAAUUAUUUGGAACAGACAUAAGAUGCUGUGCAAAAAAUAAAUUGGGCAGGGAGUGUACCAAGCUGUUCACAAUAGAUCUAAAUGCCACUCCGCAGACAACCUUGCCCCAAUUAUUUCUCAAAGUAGGGGAACCACUGUGGAUAAGAUGCAAAGCUGUUUACAUAAACCAUAGAUUCGAGCUCAAAUGGGAAUUAGGAAACAAAAUGCUCACAGAGGACAGCUACUUUGAGAUGAGUACCUAUUCAACAAACAGAACUAUGAUACGGAUUCUGUUUGCUUUUGUAUCAUCAGUGGGAAGAAACGACACUGGAUCCUACACUUGUUCGUCUUCAGAGCAUCCCAGUAAAUCAACUUUGGUUACCGUCGUAGACAAGGGAUUUAUAAAUGGUUCCAAUUCAAGUGAAGAUUAUGAAAUUGACCAGUAUGAAGAGUUUUGUUUUUCUGUUCGGUUUAAAGCAUACCCACAAAUCAAAUGUACGUGGACCUUUUCUCGGAAAUCUUUUCCCUGUGAACAAAGUGGCCUUGAGGAUGGAUACAGCGUAUCUAAGUUUUGCAACCAUAGACACCAGCCAGGAGAAUAUAUAUUCCAUGCAGAAAAUGAUGAUGCCCAGUUCACAAAAAUGUUUACGCUGAAUAUAAGAAGGAGGCCUCAAGUACUGACUGAGACAUCAACGAGUCAGGCCUCUUGUUCCUCUGAUGGAUACCCAUUACCAUCUUGGACCUGGAAGAAGUGCUCAGAGAAGUCUCCCAACUGCACAGAAGAAAUCACAGAAGGAAUUUGGACUAAAAAGGCUCGCAGACAAGUGUUUGGACAAUGGAUAUCAAGUAGUACCCUCAACAUCAGUGAAGCAGUCAAAGGUUUCCGGGUCAAGUGCUGUGCAUACAAUUCCAUAGGCUCGUCUUGUGAAACAAUCCUUUUAAACUCACCAGGCCCCUUCCCUUUCAUUCAAGAGAACAUCUCAUUCUACGCAACAAUUGGACUUUGUCUUCCCUUCAUUGCGGUUUUAACUAUGCUACUUUAUCACAAGUACAAAAAGCAAUUUAGGUAUGAAAGCCAGCUGCAAAUGGUACAGGUGACUGGCUCAUUGGAUAAUGAGUACUUCUACAUUGAUUUCAGAGAAUCUGAGUAUGAUCUCAAAUGGGAGUUUCCAAGAGAAAAUUUAGAAUUUGGGAAGGUGCUAGGAUCGGGUGCUUUUGGAAAAGUGAUGAAUGCAACAGCUUAUGGAAUUAGUAAAACAGGAGUCUCAAUCCAGGUUGCAGUCAAAAUGCUGAAAGAAAAGGCAGACAGUUCUGAAAAAGAGGCUCUCAUGUCAGAACUCAAAAUGAUGACUCACCUUGGAAGCCAUGAGAAUAUUGUGAAUCUGUUGGGAGCAUGUACACUGUCAGGACCAAUCUACUUGAUCUUUGAAUACUGUUGCUAUGGUGAUCUUCUCAACUACCUAAGAAGUAAAAGAGAAAAAUUUCACAGGACAUGGACGGAGAUUUUUAAGGAACACAAUUUCAGUUUUUACCCCACUUUCCAGUCACAUCCAAAUCCCAGCGUGCCUGGUUCAAGAGAAGUACAAAUACAGAAGGAUUUGGAUCAGAUCUCAGGGUUCAAUGGGAAUUCAUUUCAUUCCGAAGAUGAAAUUGAAUAUGAAAACCAAAAAAGGCUGGAAGAAGAAGAGGACUUGAAUGUACUUACAUUUGAGGAUCUCCUUUGCUUUGCAUAUCAAGUUUCCAAAGGCAUGGAAUUUCUGGAGUUUAAGUCGUGUGUUCACAGAGACCUGGCAGCCAGGAAUGUGCUGGUGACCCAUGGAAAAGUGGUGAAGAUAUGUGAUUUUGGACUGGCUCGGGACAUAAUGAGUGACUCCAACUAUGUUGUCAGGGGCAAUGCCCGUUUGCCUGUGAAAUGGAUGGCCCCUGAAAGCUUGUUUGAAGGGAUCUACACGAUUAAGAGCGAUGUCUGGUCAUAUGGAAUAUUACUCUGGGAAAUAUUCUCACUUGGCGUGAACCCUUAUCCUGGCAUUCCAGUUGAUGCAAACUUCUAUAAACUCAUUGAGAGUGGAUUUAAAAUGGAUCAGCCAUUUUAUGCAACAGAAGAAAUAUAUUUUAUUAUGCAAUCCUGCUGGGCUUUUGACUCGAGGAAGCGGCCGUCUUUCCUUAACCUGACUUCAUUUCUAGGAUGUCAGCUAGCAGACGCAGAAGAAGCGAUGUAUCAGAACAUGGAUGGCCGUAUCUUGGAACGUCCUUCCAUCUACCAAAACAGGCGACCUUGCAGCCAAGAAAUGAAUUCAGGGGCACCCUCUCCACAGGCUCAGGCUGAAGAUUCAUAGAGAAAAACAAAUUAGUCUUAAGAACUUCAUUCCCCGCCUACCUUAAAGAGGCUGUAGAUUACCAGAACGAGGUUAAGUUCAUCACUAAGAAAAAAUCUAUUAUCAACUGCUGCUUUGCUGGACUUUUCUCUAGGAGCUGUCUGUAUUUACUCUUGUUUUCAAAGGGACUUUUGUAAAACCAAACCAUCCUUGGCACAAGGCAGGAAGAGCUGAUCAUCACCUUCCUUGAGCACCUCCACCCAAAGGUCUUCUCUGGCUGGCUGCGUGAAUAUUGUGUACCAGAAGUCGAGUAUAUUCUUGUAAAUAUAUAAAACAAAAGCAUUUUGCUAAGAAGCUAAUAUGAUUUUCUAAAUCUAUGUUUUAAAACAAUAUGUAACUUUUUCAGCUAUUUAGUGAUAUAUUUUAUGAAUGGAAAUAAAAUUUCUACUAUAGAAAUGUUUGUUAGUGAAUUAUUUACAUGGGAUAUUUCGGGCAAUAGUUAACUGAAGUUCAUGAACCCAGUUAAAUGGUG